AUGGAUACAGUUUCCAUAUCUAGACAGCGUGAUGAUGCUGAAAUCAUAGAUUCGUCCACGACAAAGGGACCUUCUCAGAAUGCACCUCAAAGUGAGAUCCCUGAGGUUUCUCUGUGUCCUCCGGAUAACGACAGCACGGAUAGUCAGAUGUGUCCAGUCAAGAUAGAGGAGAACCACCAAAUAUCACAGGGCUCAGCCUAUCAUUUACCACAGCCCAAAAAGUGCCCCUGCUGUGGCCACCAACAGUCACUCCAAAGCAAUGUCUAUCCUAGUCAAAUAAAUGCUUUCCAUCCAGCAGACUGUUCAGUGAACCCUGUUAAAACUGCCCAUAGCUGCAGUCCAUCCCACCUGCCUUCGUGUCACAACAAAAUGCAAUGCCAUUGGCUUCUUGGAUCUCAUGAUGGCAGUAACCACAAGCCUGCACAACGUCACAUUGUGACAGUGAGGAAUGAAGGUCUGCAUAGGAUUCCUAGAAGCUAUUCCCAGGUCAUAGUAGAAUACCCGAUGGCCAUACUCAUUUCAUGUACAGUAGUUCUGUUUGCCUGUUCUCUUGCUGGGAUUUUGACUGGCCCCCUUCCAGACUUCUCUAACCCUUUAUUGGGAUUUGAACCUCGUGGAACAGAAAUCAGUAUCCGUCUCAUAACUUGGAUGAGGUUAAAGCAAAACACUGGGCCUGGAAAAUCACUGUCCCCAGUUCCAUGGCAACUCAGAGAGAGAACUACAGCAGGAGAAGACACAAGUAGAUCUCAACCUCCAUUAAGACAACGAUCAAGAAGAAUGUUGCACCGAGAUUACACCGAGCACAACUUUUUUUGUAAUGCCCCAGGAGAGCGCUAUGCUCAGCUGGUCUUCCGCUCUGGUAACUCUGCCAGUCUCUGGAGUCUGAAGGCAAUUUACUCCAUGUGCCAAAUGGAACAGACACAGAUCCGUUCUGGGACCCAGUUUGAUAACCUUUGCCAGGUCAGAUCAGAGUUAGUCAGCUCCAUGGCGAAGAAUGAGUGCUGUCCAAGUUGGUCUCUUGGAAACUAUUUGGCUGUUCUCAACAAUGUUUCCUCCUGCUUCAGUCUGACUGCACAGCAGGUGUCUGAAAGUCUAGGUCUGCUUAGAUUCUGUGCUCCUUACUACCAUGAUAGAAGCCUGGUUGCAUCAUGUACUGAGAUGAGUAAAUUUGGCCACUGUGCAUCAGUCCCACACGGCUGUAAGCAGCCAAGUAUCUUCCAGAUUCUUCACUACCUGGUGGACAAGGACUUCCUGGGGCCACAGACCGUUGAAUAUAAGGUCCCAUCCCUAAAAUAUAGUGUUCUAUUCCUACCAGUGGAGAAAGGAGAUCCACUGAUGAAGAUUUAUGUGGACCAUCUAGAAGGUCACGAGCUCACGUACAACACCACCACCAUAACAGGAAUGGAUUUGGGCAUUAAACAAAAACUUUUCAAGUACUACUUGGCACGAGACUCUGUCUAUCCUGUUCUUGCAGCUCUUGUUCUUUUGUUCACAAUAGGCCUAUAUCUCAAAUCACUACUUAUAGCAGCGAUGUCACUGGUUGCUGUCAUAUUAUCACUUCUCACCUCAUAUUUUUUCUACAAAGUUGCAUUUCGGUUGACAUUUUUUCCACUCCUCAAUCUCGCAUCUGUCCUUGUUCUUUUAGGAAAUUGUCUGAAUCAAGCCCUUAUUUUUGUUGACUUCUGGAAAUUACAGCUAAGCCACAACCCACCAGCUGUCCCUGAGAAGAGAAUGAAUCGGGUUUUACAGGAAAUGGGAUACUUGAUAUUAGUAUCAGGACUGACAUCUAGCAUCACGUUUUACUCAGGCUACAUAAGCAGCAUCACAGCUGUGAGAUGCUACGCUGUAUACCUUGGCAGUGCCUCAUUAAUCAACACGUUAUUUGCCCUUGUUUGGCUUCCGUGCAUGCUUAUUUUGCAAGAACGCUAUGCUGUGCUGUCUUCAAACCCUGUCACAAAGUCUGCGUGGAAGCCCUGCUGUUCAAAAAAUGCUGGUGAAUUCUGUGAGACGAGUUCAAGAAAGCGCUGUCUUUUUAUAUUGAGACAGAAGCUUCGGAUGCUUGGGCGAGGGUUUUCUGACACAUCAAACCUGCUGUUUUUAAAGAUCCUGCCUUGUGGAGUAGUGAAAUUCCGCUAUAUAUGGAUCUGCUGGUUUGCAGUGUUGGCAGCUGGAGGAACAUACAUAUCGUGUGUGGAUCCUGGCAUGAAACUUCCGACUUCGGAUGGCAGGACAACUCAACUGUUCCGAUCUAGUCAUCCCUUUGAAAGAUAUGAUGCUGAAUAUCGCCACCAGUUCAUGUUUGAGCGAAUGAAGCAGGGAGAAGAUGAGCCCAUGACGCUGACUCUAAUUUGGGGUGUCAUUCCAUCAGACGAUGGCGAUCACUUUAAUCCAAAUAGCAAUGGCUCUUUAUCUAUUGAUCUGGAGUUCAAUAUGAGUAGUCCCCAAGCCCAAGUGUGGUUGCGAGACCUAUGUGGAAAAAUUCAAAACCAGAGCUUCUAUUCUGCAAUAUCAGCUGACCAAGAAGCAGCGGAAGACAAUGUGUGUUUUGUUGACAACUUGAUUCACUGGGUUUCCAUACGGCGUUGUUCCGAAAAUGAGGAUGCGUUUAGUUUCUGCUGCAAUAAUAUUCCCUUUCCUUACUCCCCAAGUGUUUUCGAGCAGUGCCUUAGCAUGAUGGUGGCAGAGCAGCAAGUGGAGGGCCACAUACCCAAUGCUGGAGGCCUACGGUUUGACUCAGAGGGUCGAAUCACUGCCCUUGUGGUAGUGUUCAAAACUGUACAACUUUACAGUUUCAACUUCAGCAGAAUGUCAGAAUUCUACCAAGAGGUCUUAUCGUGGUUUAAUGAGGAAAUAUCUAAGGCUCCGAUGGGACUGCAGAAAGGAUGGUUUGUAAGCCAGCUAGGCUUAUAUGAUCUUCAACAAAGUCUAAGUUCAGAGACAUUAGAGGUGGCAGGCUUUUCUGUAGCCCUCACAUUUGCAUUUCUUCUGCUCAUGACAUGGAAUAUUCCACUAAGCAUUUAUGUGUCCAUUGCUGUGGGAGGAAGUGUUUUUGCUACCAUUGGCCUCCUUGUGCUUUUAGAAUGGCAGUUAAAUGGUGUGGAAGCACUCUUCAUUUCGGCAGCUGCAGGUCUCUCUGUUGACUUUGUGGCCAAUUACUGCAUUUCAUACAGUCUGGCCCCACACAAUGACAGACUGGGCAGGGUUGCACAUUCCCUGAAGAGAAUGGGUUGUCCGGUAGCCACAGGUGCUGGAGCAUAUUUUUGUGUGGGCAUCAUUAUGCUACCCGCAACCGCACUGCUUUUCAGGAAGCUAGGAAUCUUUCUCCUGCUCGUUAAGUGUGUGGCAUGCGGCUUCGCCACUUUUUUCUUCCAAUCGUUGUGCUGCUUCUUUGGCCCUCAAAAGAACUGCGGGAAAGUAAUCUUACCAUGUGUCAUGAAGAAGGAAUCUUCCUGUUCAGAUGCAGAACCUGGGACUGCCAAUCCCUCAGCUAAUGGGGCAUUUGGCUGUGGCACAGGUUCUCGGGUUCAAAGGAAUUUUAAUAAAGAAAGUGAUGGUUUCCUCUGCCCAAAUCAGCGGUACCAUAGAAAGCGGCAACCCAGAGGGAGGGAGCCAGAACAGUACGAGCUGCAGCCUCUUGCUUGCCAGUUUAGUGACAGCUUUGAGAAUAGCACUUGCACCAGCAAGCUGUCCAACAGACCCUCUGUCCUUUCUGAUGACAUUCAGUUCUGUGGCCUUAGUCCAAGGCAAGACUAUGAUCGAGUCAGCAUUGAAGCUGACAGUGAAGAUAUGUCUAGCAGGCAUCUUAAAGGCUGCAACCCACCUCCAGCAUUACAGACCUCGUCCCCAUACAAAGACAACAUGUUACAUCCUAUAGUUGCUCCUCCACAAGAAUUGUCCAAAGAGAAGGUUUUGUGCAAGAAAUGCCAAACCCAGUCUAGCGGUGGGCUCAAUCUUUGGAACAUGUCUUUGUCAUCUUCCUCUAGUAUGGAAGAAAUCAUGAUUACUCAGACUACAGACACAGUCAAUGAAAUGUCGCUCUCAAUAAAUGAGACCACUAGCCAUCAUCUACACAAACGUCUUGUGUCAUGUCAGUCUCAGAGCUCCAUGGAGGGCCUUGAAGAUUCCAACGAGACCUGCCUAAGUGACAUUGAGCCUGCUAUCUCUGUCCCUCAAGCUAAGACAGAGGGAGAGUUACAACCUGGCCACCUAAACGGCAAGAGGGACACUUUACGUCUGUCUUUAAAGGAUACUGUAUAUGACCUUGCCUCUCCAGGGUCUGGCAGGGUAAGGACCACCCAAAGUGAAGUGCCAGUGAUCCUGCCCAACAGUAAACCCGAUAUGCCAGAUGUUUGGAUCAAAAGGAAAGGAAAGGGGGAAGGUGGCAGCUAAUCAAUAUUGUCAACACACUGAAUAAAUCUAAACAACAACAGCAUGGCCAGUACUUUAUAUGCUGGGCUGAACUUUUGUACUCAGCAGCUUAUUUAAUUUCUGAAACUGUCUGAAAAUGCAUACCAGACAAUAUUCUGCAGACACCACCAGGUAAUUCUACUAUUUGCUAAAUGUUUUUAAGAAUCCACAGUGCUCACCUAAAUUAUUAGGUUGUGCAGAGAACUGAUUUUUAAGCAUGAUUUCUUGCAUGUCAUGUAAACAUACACAGAAUGUGCACCCACAAUAGCCUUUGAAAAAGACUUUCUUCAGGGGCCUUAAACUGCAAACAGAAGAAACAUUUCAAAUACUUAGAGAACAAUUGUGCCUGAUCUUUAACAACCAAGCCAUGAGCUUUUUAACUAAACCUCAUACUUUUGAAAAAGUCACAAUAAUUAUGUUAUCAAUUUCUUUGCUUUAUGUUCUUUAGCCCUUAACAAUCAAUAUGGCAAUUAAUUAAUCUAAAUAAGUUCAAUUUCUAAACACUUGAAAUGGAAUGGAAGCACUACAGUUAUUUCAAAUUUUCUGCAUACUUAUGUAAGGCUAAAACUGUUUUCACACAAAUACAUUUUUAUUGUAUAUUAACAUAAAAGUUGUGAGGAAACAUCCUUUUGUUAGUACCAGCAGGGGUGUAAAUUACUUGAGUAAUUAUACUUCAUUACUAUACUUAAAUAUUAUUUUGUGGGAUUUGAACUUUACUCAAAUGCAAUUUAAACUGAAUACUUGUACUUCUACUUCAUUUCAUUUUCAAAGAAAAAAUUUGUACUUUUUACUCUUUACAAUUUUAAUUAGACUUGAAAAGUACUUGUUACAUUUUUGCAGAUCCUUUUCUUCCGUCUGAUCUUAAUUCUAACAAACCAAUCGAAUUACACUGAUGCCCAGUUUAAGUUAAAUGUUAUUUAGUCUGCCAGUUAGAUCCGUUUUAACAUAAAAUGUAACUGGCCACAACAUGGUCAUUGGUCACUGAAAAGCGACAUCACGUCUCAUCAGUUACCACAAUACACAGCACCUUGACCUGUGCCUGAGACAAAUUAUAACAAUUACUGGCAGAAGAUGGAUGAACAUGACUCAGCUGCGAGCAUGGUCCAAGCUCAGUCACCAGAGCGAGAGCACCCGUGGGCCUACUAGGGCUGGGGGGAAAAAAUUACAUAUUUUGUUUUUUUUUCGAUUCGAUAUCGAUUCUCAAAAGCCAUGGAUUGACCUUUUACUCUGUGUGCAACCCUCCACUACAAUGAGAGGAAAUCACUCGCAUUUGCAACCGAAUUUUGUGCUAUAUGAUUAAAAAUGUAUAUAUUUGGCAACUGGCUGGUAAAUGUUUCGAUUUUUAUAAUAAAUAUUUUGACCAGUGAAUUGAUAAUGGUGGAGUAUUUAGCAGCGAGAUGCUUUCACUGCAUCUUCUUGAGAGUAAAAGUUGUUCUGUGUAAUGUGUGAUCCAUGUUGCAGAUCCAUGCAAAUGUUUUGUCAUUGAAUGUUUCUUUUAAUACUCUUCCUAUUCUGUGCAGUAGAGAUUGACCGAUAUUGAUUUUAUUUAAACUGACACGAUACUGAUUAUUUGUAUAUUUACAUAUCCGAUAACCGAUAUGCAGAACCAAUAUUUUUAUAAAUGUAAUUAUUUUUUAUUUAAUCUUUAUUUUACAGAGAAAAUAUUUAAAGGUGCAAUUUGUAAGAUUCAGAAACCCUUGUUAUUAAUGACACCUGUUGCUCGCGCUCGUGCACACACUCUUUAGGGACACGAGCGAGCGAGCAUUGGCCAAAACAAUGACGUAACGUACAAAGAGACAAUGUGAUUCACUGGCAUCAUGCUGACAGAUGAGGUAGCAUAAUUAAAAUAACACAGUUAUGAUUGUUUUACUAGAAACUUUGAGACUGUAUAUUAUAUUUGACUCUCCAGUGCUGGAACAGGGCUAAAACAAAGUGUGGAUAAGUCUGACUAUGCGAGACUGUAGAUUGAAGUAAUCACUUUUCUUUGCAUGAUACAUUGACUGCAUUUAUACAAUAGCCUAUGUCGGCGUUAGCUAGCUAGCCAGCUUUAUCAAUAGCUGUUAGCUAAAUUUGGUGGAUGAUGACAGUAGCUGUUUAUAAAAUAGACUGUACAUUAUAAAUAUGUUGACACAAUUCAGUAUUAAUGUGUUUCCAUCACAACUGUCAUUUUGAUAUCGAUACGCUAUUGUUUUAUAAUAAUAGAAUGUAUAUAUUUUUUGUAUAACCAAGUUACGUUACACUAAAGAAUGGGUCUUUUUGCAUUAUCUUGAACAUUGUCUAGCAUUCAUUUACUGUGUUAUUGUAGUUUAGCUAAAAUUACACAGAUCAUGUGGCUACUGACAAAGCUUACAUAUAACACUUACAGUGCAGUAUUAAUAUAUUACAGUAUAUAUUAACCUGGGAACCUGGGGGAGAAAUGAGGGGGGAGUCAUGGGGAGAGGGAAAGGGCGAGCGGGAGAGAGAGAGGAGAGAGAGAAAACACGCUGUCACCCGGCCAUCAACCGCUCCUCCCCUUCUCGGCGGACAGCAGCGGUUCCUCUGUCUCUCGGCAGCCGGCAGCGACACUCCGUCCCCAGGCAGACAGUCGCGGCUGCUCCUUCUGACGGACGGCAGCGGCGAGGACUCCACGACAGCGAAUCCCUCCUCCUUCCCGUGUUUCGGCACCACUGUAACAGUUAAAGGAUGGGCAAGGAGGAGGCGGGAACCGGUUGAACAGUCAACAUAAAGUUUAAUGUAAAACUCAACUUAAAACAACAUAAAACACACACACAAGCAGCAUGGCCGCAUGCGUCUCUCUCUCUCAAACUGGCGUCCCCGGCUCCCCUUUAUCUCGCUCUCCCACUGAUCAGCUGAUUCAGCACCAGCCGUGCACUCUCAUGGCCCAGCCACGCCCUCCUCCUUGACACACUGCUUAAAUUGGCAAAAACAACCAAUCAAACUAUUACCUCACAAACAUAAUGUAAAAAGCAUAACUUAAUGAAGACUUAAUGCGCUGAUAUACACUCCACUUAUAAUGAGUGCUUAAAAGGGUUGUCCUUUGUUUUUUUCUGCUGUGCAUUUCACGUAAUGCUGCCAAUCAAGAAUGAUAUGCCGAUACAUAACUCUCAUUUGUGUGUUCCUCAUCUCUAGAUUAUUAAUUUAGAUCUAGAUCAAUGCCGAUAAAAAGCAUGGAUAAAUGAGCAUUGUUGAACGCAACAUUGUAGAAAUGAAUGGAGUUGAUUAGACUGUCUGACGGCCUAUUACGUAAGGGUUGUUUCGGCUCAUGAAACUCACCUGUGAUUGGCUGGAUGGUCGCUCAAUCAGCCCGAAGUAACAAAACGCAAAGAAUAUUGUAUACAAAUCCACCAUUUGGACUCGAUAUGGGUUUAGCUUGGAAAAGUGUGUGGAACAAAAGUCACCUUUUUAAAGAGUGCAGUCCCCCACUUCCCCCACGGCUGCUAUGCCCUUGGUCUUUGGGACUUUGCAGGAUUUGUCUUCAUGUGAGUUCAUCUCGGUUUCUUAGCACUUAAACUACACAUCAGGCAUUUCUAUUACACAUCUCACUAGAGCAUGAAUUUCUGUUACGUUUAAUAAAAUGUAUUUAGGCAAUACAUUGCAAAAGCAAGUUACUUUACCUGUGGACAACCCCCAGCAUUGUUUCCUCCCACAUGCCCUGCUGCAAUGGCCGUGUUGCUUGCAAUUUCAGAAACUACCGCCAGACGGCUCCAGUUAUCGGUGAAUACGGUAUUACAAAAAUGAUCUCCUAUUAAAGAAAAAUGCUUGAAUAUAGAAAGAAAAAAUUGAAAAUCCGAUUAUUGGUCAAUCUCUACUUUGCAGUCAGUUGUUAAUCAAAAACAGCAAAAAAUAAAAAUUUCAUUCUAAUCACGCAUAGCACAGACGAGAUAAAGCCGUUUGUGUCUCCUGUUAACUUUCGCUCAUUUACAGAUGGGUUUCCUUAAAGAGACAGUACCGGUUUUUAUAGCACGAAUUCAACAACUCAGUGUAAAUACCUGUGAAUAGUACAAAUUAUGCAAUUAAACAAUAAACGUAACAAAAUAUAGUAUCAUAUUUAUUGAUUAAAUACAUUGAUUUGUUCAGUUUUAAGAAGCUAAAAAGUGACAAAUGAUGAAAAACGAAUAAAAUAUAAGUAGAAAAAAAAUAUUUUUUUAAUGUACUUAGAUAAGGUCCUUUGUAUAAUUCAGAGCAUUAGCUGAGAGAGAAUUUAUUUAAUAUGUAAGCAAAAGGGACAUUAUAACUGAAAUAUACCCAUAUGAAUCAAUAGAGUCAAAAUCGAAUCGAAUGCUUGUGAAUCGGAAUCAAAUUGGGAAAUCUGUAUCAAUACCAGUCCCGGUUCCAGAUCAAAAUCAAUGAGAGUGCUUCUGAAAAUAGUGGGGGUGCUCUGUAUAAAAUGGAGACAUUUCAUAUUACACAUUUUUCUAAAGAUUAAAUUGUUUAAAUGAUACUAAAUUGAUGUAAAGAAAACAUUUUUAAAUAUACAAACAUUUAUUGCUUUAUCUGUGCAUUUUCGUUGAGCAGAAUAUCGCACUACCAAUAGUUACCGUUUUUUCUGGGGGUGGGGUUUCAAGGAGAGAGGGCACACUCUAAUGCAUGGUUGCCAGUUUGCACAUAAUAAGUAUAACAUUGGGGGGAUCACAUCUAUUAUCUGGCAACCCUGAACAUGUUAAACGCUUGUGGAGUUGUGUUGGAUCCCAAAAAAACCAAAACAAAAAAAACAUUCAGGAUAAAUUUGCCCUCUAACGUUACUUAGCACCCUCAAGCACCCCCAUAGAACAGGGCCUGAUCAAUACCCAGCCCUAGGUCCUACCUUCGUGAAUUAUUUUCCUUUAGUGGAGUUAAGGAUUCAUACAAGAUGAAAUGUCUCCUUUGUCUCCCACUCACCAAGGACAUUUUAAAAAAUUCACCAUCAAAUCUUUUGUCAUUCUUGCUAUGUUACUUUAACUUUUGAAUACUUAAGUACAAUUUAAUGUGGUACUUUUUUAUUUUCACUCAAGUAUGUUUCAGGCCAGAUACUUAGACUUUUGAGUACAAUUUUCACUCAGUAUCCAUACUUUCACUUAAGUAUAAUUUUCGAAUACUUUUUUACACCCCUGAGUACCAGACCCAUAAAGGUACCUCUUAAAAAAAAAUUUGAAAAAAAAAAAAAAAAAGGCAAAGAACGAUAACAGCCAAUUACAACAAUAAAUUGUUCUCAAGUCUGAAUGCUUCAGUCUAGGGAUAUUUUUCACUAAUGUCCCAAACAGAUUUCUAAUUCACUACAAUUGAGCCCUAUACAAGACUGUGAGAGAUAUCUCUCUGUUUAAUGUGUAUUUGAAAGAUUAGCAAUGUAUCAAGUGGUGUUUUGUGAUGUGCACAAACAUGUUAAUCCUUUAUAAAUUUGAAUGUUAGCAGAGGUUAUUUUCACCAGAUCAUUUUAAAAGAUAGUUACAGAGUUACGGAGGGUGUUCGGUUUUGCUCUGCAGAGCAAACCCUCCAUAACUACAGCAGUUCAUCUUUUAGAUAUUCAGUUUGAUUUCAUUUCAAUGUGUUCUUGACAUUGUCAAAACAUCUUAAAAAUACAAGGUGCCAACAUUUUAAAAGAAUGAUUCGUGCCAAUUAUUUUGAUGAAAUUAUGUAGCUGUAUUAUAAAACCUGCUGGUGUGGAAAUCCUGUUGUUAAAAGCCUGUGCGUAAAGUCAGAUUUUAAGUUGUGUCUGAAAUGUCUGAAGAUAAACUAUUAUGAAGAAGUUUAAUAAACAUUUAAUUU